ACAGAGCUCGACCCAGAGAGACAGAGAGAGAGAGAGAGAGAAGAGCGAGGGAUAAAAAAGAGGUUUGUUUGUGGGGUCUCCCGCACGCGCUCGGCGAUGGCGAACUCGUUCCUCUCGAUGAAGACGGGCCCGGCGGCCGGCGCGUCGGAGGCGUCGCAGGCGCUGCUCGAGUCGGACCUGCGGGAGCUGACCAUGGCGGCGCGGAAGCUCGCCAACCACGCCAUCGUCCUCGGCGGCGGCCUCGGCUUCAUCGGCACCUUUCUCCAGUGGCUCGCCUUCGCCGCCGCCGUAUAUCUCUUGGUGCUGGACAAGACGAACUGGAAGACCAACAUGCUGACGGGUCUCUUGGUCCCAUACAUUUUCUUCACCAUGCCUUCUCUGCUCUUCUCCUUUAUAAGGGGGGAGAUUGGUAGCUGGAUCGCGUUCGUUGUUGUGGUCCUACGGCUGUUCUUUCCGCGCCACUUCCCUGAUUGGCUAGAGCUGCCUGGCUCUCUGAUCCUGCUCACGGCGGUCGCCCCCAGCAUCUUCGCAGACACCUUCAGGGGCUCGUGGCUCAUCAUCGGCGUCGCCGUAUGCCUGGUCAUCGGGUGCUACCUGCUCCACGAGCACAUCAAGGCGUCAGGAGGCCUCAAGGAGGCCUUCCAGAAGGCCAAUGGCUGGUCCAACACCAUCGGCAUUCUCUUGCUCUUCAUCUACCCGGUCUGGGCCAUCGUGAUGUGGUUCCUGUAGGCUUGUGCCUGCAGUUCCUCGGUCGCUGUUUCAGCGCUCAUCGUGCAGCGAUUGAUAAAGUGAUUUGGCGUCGAUGAACCCAUGCGAGCUUGUACCUGUUGAAUGUUUGAUGAACUGUCUCGGCGAUGUUUCCAUUUGGUGCCACUGCUUAAUUUGUUUCCUUGAUCUGUGCGUACAUAACAUCAAUAAAAACGUCUGCUCUGUUGA